AUGCAACUACCUAUCGAUGCUCUGACCAUGGGAUUCUCAACCAAAGAUGCGCACGCUUCCCACGAGCAUCUGGUUGGACGUCACGGCGACGGUCUCAAGCUGGCGGCCCUGAUUCUCUCGAGAGAUCGCUAUCCCACACCGCUUCGGUAUCUUGUACGGUCGCACUCUCAGAAAACCACCGCGAUCGAGUGGACCGACCCCGCCCUGGACUGGCAAGCCUACGUUACCGAGCGGGCAGAGAUGUGGCAGUGUCUCAUCACCACUGCACAUGGUGACUUGAUCCUGGAUCCCCAGCUGCGAGGUCAGCUCUGUCACAAUGGGAUCACCUUGACCAAUUUCAGCCUGGGCGGCGCAUUCCUCUUCGCGUACAAUUUUGUCUCGUUGGCCACCUGCCGCGAUCGUCACAGACCGAAAUCCUGGCGGGCUGCGGCUCGUCAAGUGCAACAGAUAUGGGAAGAAGCUCUAGGCAAGCAGAAAGACACCGUCUUGCCUCUACUUGUCGACCUAUUGCGGAAGCAUGCGCAUUCCGCGGAGGCUGAAAUGAUAGGCCCCCGUUUAGAGCCAUCGGCGCGGCGCCAGAUCUGGCAACACCUGCUGGGCGAGUCAGCGGACAAAGACUUCUUUUACAGCGAGAGAAGCAAUGACCAGAGCACGAACACCAUCCGUGAUAGCCUUGGCAAGCGCCUAACGCGCCUGCCCGACUCGCUGUGGCAGAUGCUGCGUACCCACUGCCCCAUCUGGACCGUCGAGGAGGAGCAGCAGCAGCACCGGUUCAAGGAGGCAAAGCCCUGCAGCUUUCCAGAGACCACAUUUGCGAGAGCCGUGGAUCGAUCGCUGCGAGCCUGCUUCGCUCUGCUGAGGUUCACCGACCAUAUUCAGGUAGUCUACGUCCAAGGCUCGACCGGCAAAGUCGACGUACACUUUGACAAGGGACAGGGUACGCUCAAGAUACAUUGGCGAUGGUUGGACUUUGCUUGUAUGCACCACCGGUCAUUUUGCCGGCCUUGGUCUCCAACCAACCUUGCCGAUACCAACGCCCCGUUUUUUUGUUGCCAUGUGGUGGAAGAACUUUUGGUUCAAUCGAUCGCAUCCAUGUUCAAGGCACAUCCGAUAGCUCGACCCGCAGAAAUGAAAUUCAUGCGGCAGAUUGGGCGGCGACUGCGAUACCUGCCGCACAGCAUCAAACUGAAGCCAUACCCCCGGGGCAUUCUGGUAAGCUGGGAAGAUAAUGAGACGGAAUCUUUUCGCACACUCGGUCCCAGCGGCCCGGACUACCAUGUGGUACUGCAUGAUGGGAAUUGUUCAAGUGCUGAGAUGGCGCUUCUCCACGAUAGAACAGGCAAGUUGCCACCAACCAGCUAA